UGCUCCUCCCUUUCGCCAGUGGAGUUUCACUACGAGCUUCUGCACCACACAGGGCAGACGGGAACACAAACACAAGCAAAAGCUGGCAGGCUGACACGUACGAGCAGCUUUACAGGACGGAUUAUCUGGUAACUGACCAUUUAGCUGUGGCACACUCGGACUCCGUGUAAACGUGUGAUUUUGACCAUGAGCUCAGUCGCUGUACUUACGCAAGAAAGCUUUAAUGAGCAUCGCAGUGGCCUUCUGCCGGAGCAGGUCAAAGCUGCUGUGGCAGGCCCUAGUGGUGCUGAAGAUGAGGAUAGCCUUCCCACCUACAAGGAUGCCUUUCCCCCUCUGCCUGAAAAGCCUUUGCCAGAGGGGGUACAGGAGACUGGAAAUGCCUGGACGUCUAAGAUCAAACCUCUCAAGUCCUCAGCAAUUACCCAGGUUUUCCAUGUGCCUCUGGAAGAGCGCAAGUACAAGGACAUUAACCAGUUUGGAGAAGGAGACCAGGCUAAAGUAUGUCUUGAUAUUAUGCACAAGACUGGAGCCCACCUGGAACUCUCCAUGGCUAAAGAUCAAGGCCUCUCCAUAAUGGUCUCUGGGAAGCAUGACGCAGUCAUGAAAGCCCGUAAAGAGAUUGUGUCCCGACUGCAGACUCAGGCUUCAGCUACUGUGGCCAUCCCCAAAGAACAUCAUCGCUUUGUCAUCGGUAAGAGUGGGGAGAAGCUGCAGGAGCUAGAGCUGAAGACUGCCACCAAGAUCCAGAUCCCUAGACCCGAAGACCCCAGUAACCUCAUCAAGAUCUCUGGAACCAAGGAAGGCUUGGAGAAGGCCAAGCACGAGAUCCUGCUCAUCUCUGCUGAGCAGGAUAAGCGUGCUGUGGAGAGAAUGAACAUUGAAAAGGUGUAUCACCCCUUCAUCACUGGAGCUUAUAGCAAGCUGGUGGGGGAGUUGAUGCAGGAGACAGGAGCCCGUAUUAAUGUCCCCCCACCAAGUGUGAACAAAACUGAGAUCGUCAUCACUGGGGAGAAAGAGCAGGUGGCCCUGGCCAUGGUCAAGAUCAAGAAGAUUUAUGAGGAGAAGAAGAAGAAUGCCACCACUAUUGCAGUGGAGGUGAAGAAAUCUCAGCACAAGUAUGUAAUUGGGCCUAAGGGUAACACCCUGCAAGAGAUCCUGGACAGGACCGGCGUCUCGGUCGAGAUCCCACCCCUCGACAGCAGCUCAGAGACAGUAAUCCUGCGUGGGGAGCCAGACCGGCUGGGCCAGGCACUCACUGAAGUGUAUGCCAAGGCCAACAGCUACACGGUGUCCUCAGUCUCUGCUCCCUCUUGGCUUCAUCGUUUCAUUAUUGGCAAGAAAGGACAAAAUCUGGCAAAGAUCACGCAGCAAAUGCCCAAGGUGCACAUUGAGUUCACUGAGGGAGAGGACAAGAUCACGCUGGAGGGUCCCACCAAAGAUGUACAGAUAGUACAGGGUCAAAUUGAAGCCGUUGUUACAGAUCUGGUUAGCCGAAUGGACUACACUGAGAUUAGUGUAGACCCCAAGUUCCACCGACACUUAAUUGGGAAAGGUGGCGCAAACAUUAACCGCAUAAAGGAGCACCACAAAGUGUCAGUCCGCAUUCCACCUGACAACGAGAAGAGUAACCUGAUCCGUAUCGAGGGUGACCCCCAGGGAGUGCAGGAGGCCAAGAAGGAGCUGCUGGAGCUAGCGUCACGCAUGGAGAAUGAGCGUACAAAGGACAUGAUCAUUGAACAGCGUUUUCAUCGAGCCAUCAUCGGACAGAAAGGGGAGAAAGUUAAGGAAAUUCGGGAUAAGUUCCCUGAGGUCAUCAUCAACUUCCCUGACCCAAUGCAGAAAAGUGACAUUGUACAACUACGUGGACCUCGCACUGAGGUGGAAAAAUGCACGAAGUUUAUGCAGAAAGUGGUGGCUGAAAUGGUAUUUCAGGUUGAUGUUCGGUUCCCUCAGAGUGGAGCUGCGAAGCCCAAUUUAGUGACUGUGACUGGCCGUCCAGAACAGGUUGAUGAAGCCAUUGAUCACCUUCUAAACCUGGAGGAGGAAUAUCUGUCUGAUGUAGUUGAAAAUGAAGCCAAAAUGGCCUAUAUGAAGCCUUCUGGUUCCACUGCCUCCAGCAUGGAAGAACCUCGAGGCCCAUCCAAGGGCUUUGUUGUGCGGGAGGCUCCUUGGGCCACUGGCAAUGAAAAGGCCCCCGAUAUGAGCAGUUCUGAGGAAUUCCCCAGUUUUGGUGCACCUGUGACUAAUGCGAGAUCAUCUCCAUGGGGACCCAAACGUUUUUGAAAUGUCUCCUUCAGUGGUUAUGUUGCAACCUCCUGUUUCCCCUUACUAUAACCCCUCAUUUGGAUGUGGAUGGACCACUUACCAUAACCCCCCCACAAUCAAUACAGG